AACCUUGUAUUCAGCAUCAUGGUCUUCCUCAUCCUCACAGUUGCGUGCAUUGCCAUGGUGGCAGCCGACGGUUACGGAGCCGCCUCUGACCCAUCAUACCCUGCUCCAGGCCCAUCUUACGGUGGUGGUGGUUACCCAAUCUACUCUGAUGAGGAUAGUGAUUCUCGGGAACACAGAAGAGAUUUCCGUAAGCUGAAAGACUUGCACAAAACCAAUGUCGUUGAUGCCAGAAUCAGAUACUACAAGCAUAGAGGAGAUUAUUAUGCAGAAAUUAGCUGCCCACGACAAUCAGACAACAAGAAAUACACAUGGAUCCUUGCCGACUCUGAUGAAAAAAUUCCAUCAUUUGGUAUUGAUGGAACUGUUGCUCUUGCCGCCGGACUCAAUGUGAGAUAUGUUGCUAAAUACUCUCGCCACGGAAAAUGGUCCGGCCGCGAUAUGACAAACAGUGACAAGCAAAAGUUCCGUCGUGUUGGAUGUCAUCAUGGUACUUUUGAAACAUCAUUGACUGUUUAAUUGAGUUUUUAUACUAUUUUAUCAUUAAAAAUAAAUGAAUUCUUCAACG